GAGACAGAAAUAUGAGUUACUAGAGUCGUCAAAACACCAUAAUUGUAAGUACUUAAUAACCAUUUGGGCAUCUCCUACGCCCUCCCCAAACCUGCCCCAUUCGUCCGCCCGGACAGUCAGGACUAACAAAAACAGCCCAACGGGCCUCCCCAAACCUCUCCAUUUGUCUGGACUGUCCAGACCGCCCCAUACCCAGCCCACAUAUGGGGAAGAUAUGGGGCUGUACGGACAUGUCCGACACGUCAGUCCAAACCCUGGGCUUAUCCCAAAAUCAACAACAAAAAUUGUCCGCCCUCAAAUCUAACUCACUUUCUUCAGCUCUCCGCCCCGCCUCCAUCCACCAUCGCCAUGUUGUCACACCUGCAUCACCAGUGGUGGAUGCGGUGGACGUGUGAGGUGGGACCCGGCUGCCAGUUGGCACGGGUCCACUUGUAAGCGCAUCUUGAGUGUGUGUGCGUCUGGUUAUAAGGCCAGCGACAGCUAGCGGUGGAGGCAGGCAUGAUUUGUAUCUGAACCUGAUCCCUCACCUACUCUCUGUACUCUCACCUUCCUUGGCAAGAAAACUAUCUUCCCAAGUCCGAUCUCAUCCCCCUUUCCCUUCCGAUCCGAGAUCUGAGAUGAUGAGUUCGUGACAAUUUGGUACUCAGAGCCACUUUUCCCCACCAGAUUUUGCUCCGCCGCGCCACCCCCGUUCCUUUCACUGGCCGUAACAUCCACCGCGUGGGGUGUGGUCUUGCUCCGGCGAGAUCCACACGAAAUCCCCCGUGGGGUUGGCCGGAGUUAGAGCGAGGCGACGGCUCCUUCGUCCAAGCCUUCGGCUCAAACACGCCACGUCCUCAACGCCAUGGCAGAAUCCUCCGCCGAGCUCAAAUCCAUGAUCCAGGCCCUUCUGACGAAGUUUGACGACAGCAAAAGAGCGCAGGCGAGAAGCAACUCGAGGCGCAGCUUGCGUUCAACACGCAAGUCUCGUCAGAUCUGGCGCAUCUUCGCAAGCAGUUGGAUCUCACGCAGGCGGACGUCGACGACGUGCGGCAACACCGCGAUCCGCCACCAUCUCCGACCGCGGGGACACGCCCUCGACAGCCAGCUCACGGCGCACAAGACGGCAAGCCGCAGGGGUCGUCGGUCACGUCGCUGGAGCAACCGCACGGGCCCCUUCCGUACGGUCCUCCGCCUCGUCUCAGCAACGGGGGGCCGCCACUGCUGCCCACGCGGGGCGUUCCGCUGUUCGCGGGCACGGGCCAGACAGCGGCGCACGUGCCAGCGCGGCGUCCACAACGACCACGGGCAGGAGUACGCCGUCAAGCCGCCCAAGCAUGACUUCCCGCGCUUCGACGGCGAAGCGCCCAGCCUCUGGAUCGACCGCUGCCUCGCCUACUUCGACCUAUACGGCAUCCCGCCGCACACAUGGGUCACCACGGCGACGCUCUACAUCGAGGGCCACACCGCGCACUGGUUGCAGGCGUUUCGGCACGCCCAUCGGUCCUCUACUUGGGAGGAGUUCACGACGGCGCUGAUCAGCGAAUUCGGUCCAGACGAAUUCGAGGUGGAAAUGCACAAACUCCUGCAGCUUCGACAGACCGGCAGCGUGGCUGAAUACCGGACGGCAUUCGAAGCUCACAUGUACCACUUGCUCGCCCUCGACGCGACACUCAACCCCAAGCUAUUCGUCACUCAGUUCCUAUUGGGGUUGCGCGAUGAUUUGCGAGCUGCAGUUCGCCUUCAGGAACCAUCGAGCAUCACCCGCGCUGCCGUCCUUGCAAGGAUUGUGGAAGAGGAGGCCGGUCAUCAACGCCCGCGCCCGCGCAUCAUCCCUGCGGGUCGCCCACCGCCUCCGCCCCUACCACCACCACGAGUCGGGGGCGCACCACGGCCAGGCGGCGUCGUGCAACCCAACGACGAGCUGGCCCGCGAGCGCCAGUUGCGCGACCACCGGCAUGCAAAUGACCUUUGCUUCAAGUGCGGAGACCGAUACUCGCGCGAGCACAGAUGCAAGCCAGCUACGCAAUUGCUCACCAUCCAUGUUGGGGAUUUUGGUGAGGUGCUCAGUGACGAUGCCGUCCACGCCCUGGAUUUGCUGGACGCGCCCGAGCCACAGGAACCGGGGCCGGAAUGCUGCAUGCUCUCCACGCACGCCGUUGCCGGGACGGAGUCACCACGCACCAUUCGUCUCAGAGCACUCGUCGGCAACCAGGUCAUGUUGCUGCUCGUGGACUCAGGGAGUGCUCAUAGCUUCGUCUCCACCGCGUUCGUGGAGCGCGUCAAGGCCACCACGGUCGCCGUGCCGGCGGUGGAUGUGCGCGUCGCCAACGGGGAGAGGAUGGUCUGCAACAGUAUGGUAAAAGGGCUGCAAUGGUGGAUCCAAGGCCACACGUUUCACACAGACAUGCGGCAGCUAGACCUCGGAGCUUACGAUGGCGUGCUCGGCAUGGACUGGCUGGAGCAAUUCAGCCCGAUGAGCUGCCACUGGCUGGAGAAAUCCCUGACAUUCGUGCACCAGGGCGCAACGAUCACCCUGCAAGGUGUUCGACCAAAGGACCAGCAGGCGUUGGAGGAAAUCGAGCCUGAUCAACUGCGCAAAUGGCAAGCCGGCAAUGACAUCUGGUAUAUGGCCGUGCUGGACCUGCCCCGCACCAGGGAGUCACGGCCAACCAAGGUGCCACCGAGCGUGCAAGGCGUUCUGGACAGCUUUGUCGACGUGUUCGCAGAGCCCAAGGGCCUGCCGCCUCACCGCCGCUAUGACCAUGCCAUCACUCUGGUGGAGGACGCGCAACCAGCAAAUUCUCGACCAUAUCGUUACUCGCCAUUGCAGAAAGACGAGAUCGAACGCCAAGUGCAAGAGAUUCUACAAUCGGGUGUCAUCGAGCACAGCAUGAGCCCCUACGCAGCGCCGGUACUCCUCGUCAAGAAGAAGGACGGCACCUGGCGUUUCUGUGUCGACUACAGACGGCUCAACGACGCCACUGUCAAGAACAAGUUUCCGCUCACGAUCGUGGACGAGCUGCUCGACGAGCUGGCCGGCGCGGCAUUCUUCUCCAAGCUGGACUUGCGCACCGGCUAUCACCAGAUCCGCAUGCGCGCGGGCGACGAGGAAAAGACUGCAUUCAAGACGCAUCACGGCCACUUCCAUUUCAAAGUGAUGCCGUUUGGAUUGACGAAUGCACCGGCCACCUUCCAGUGCUUGAUGAACGCCAUCUUCGCCAAGUACGUGCGUAAAUUCGUAAUCAUUUUCCUUGAUGACAUCUUAAUCUUUAGUGAGACCUUGGCGGAGCACCUGGAGCAUCUCCGCAUCGUCCUCGACCUGCUGCGGGCACAUCAGUUGUACGCCAAGGAAUCCAAAUGCUCCUUCGCGCAAGGCAGCAUCUCUUACCUCGGCCACAUCAUUUCCAAGGACGGUGUGGCAACGGAUCCGGAGAAGACACAAGCCAUGUUGGCAUGGCCUACCCCAACCACGGCCACCGAGCUCCGCGGCUUCCUCGGCCUUACGGGCUACUACCGCAAGUUCAUUGCGCAUUAUGGCAUCAUCGCCAAACCGCUGACGAGCCUCCUGACCAAGAAAGGCUUCGAAUGGACAGAGCGGGCGCAGGUGGCCUUCGACUUGCUCAAGCGCGCCAUGGUGACCGCGCCCGUGCUGGCUCUUCCGGAUUUUGCUCGCCCGUUCUCCGUCGAGACGGAUGCGUGCGACACCGGCGUGGGCGCGGUGCUGGCGCAGGAGGGCCACCCCGUGGCGUUCCUUAGCAAGGCGCUGGGAGUGCGCAAUCAGAAGUUAUCGGCCUAUGAGAAGGAGUUCAUCGCCGUCAUGAUGGCCGUCGAUAAAUGGCGUGCAUACCUGCAGCGGGGACCGUUCACCAUUGUCACAGACCACAAGAGCUUAUGCAACCUUCAGGAUCAGCAGCUCGCCACCGACCUGCAGCGCAAAGCAAUGGCCAAACUGGUGGGCCUUCAGUUCAAGUUCUGCUAUCGCCGCGGCUGCGACAACGGCGCGGCCGAUGCCCUGUCUCGCGUGGGAGCAGCUCUGAACCUGGACGCGCUCUCCAUUUGCUAGCCGGCCUGGGUGCAGGAGGUGGCCAACUCCUACGCCACGGAUGCAGAUGCGCAGGAGCGUUUGGCGCGCCUGGCUGUCCGCAGCCCGGACGACGAGGGGUUCGAGCUCUACAAGGGGUUGAUCCGCAAACAAGAUAGACUCUGGCUCGGCAAGAACACAGCUCUCCGCACCAAGGUCAUCAGCGCCUUGCACGACAGCGCGGUGGAUGGCCACUCUGGCGCUACGGCCACCUACCAGCGCGUCAAGAAGCUGUUCGUCUGGGACGGGUUGAAGGCAGAUGUCGCAGACUACGUGCGGCAAUGCCCGGUCUGCCAGCACGCCAAGCACGAGCAGCUCAAGCCCGCAGGCAAGCUGGCGCCAUUGCCCGUGCCUACUGCGCCAUGGCGCGACCUAACGAU